AUGGCGCCUUGGGGAGCCAACCCUCGGGGCUUGUACUGUGGGACUGUUCCAACUACCAGAGACUGUGGGGGUGGGAGGGAGUGCGUGAGAAAUGCCCCUCCCCCUCCUACGGAUGUAAGAGGAUACGCCACAAGGUUGAAAGUCCUGGGAGCUUCCUGUGGUAGGGACCUGUCCUCUGUAUCUGAAACCAAUCAGUAUCUGACAGAUUUGGAAUUUGAAAAAAACGCCCUGGAAGAUUCAGGAAUGAAGCUUCUAUGCGAAGGAUUAAAACAGCCAAAUUGUAUAUUACAGACAUUGAGGUUGUACCGGUGCCUUAUUUCUCCUGCUUCUUGUGGGGCGCUAGCAGCUGUUCUUAUCACCAAUCAGUGGCUUACUGAACUGGAAUUUAGUGAAACAAAACUGAAAGCUUCAGAUUUGAAAUUUCUCUGUGAAGGCUUAAAAGAUCCAAAUUGCAAAUUACAGAAGCUCAAGUUGUGUGCUAGCCUUCUCCCAGAAGACUCAGAGGCUGUUUGCAGGUAUCCUGCCUCUGUUCUCAUUUGCAACUCACACCUCACUGAGUUGGAACUGAGUGAAAAUCCCCUGGGGGACACAGGGGUGAAGUAUCUUUGUGAUGGUCUCAGACAUUCCAACUGUAAAAUGGAGAAACUAGAAUUGUGGACCUGUCACCUGACUGAGGCAUGUUGUCAGGAUUUGUGCAAUGCACUCUACACCAAUGAACACCUGAGAGUCCUUAACCUCAGUGACAAUGCCUUAGGGGAUGAGGGCAUGCAGAUAAGCCUGGCAAACUUCGGUGUGAUUGAAGAAGCCAGUUUGAGACUCAGCCUAGUCCAGGCAAGCUACUGGCACCUGCUGCUCUCAACGAAACUCAACACAAUGGUGUUCGCAUUUUGGAAGGUCUUUCUGAUCCUAAACUGCCUUACAGGUCAGGUUAGUGUGGUGCAAGUGACCGUCCCAGACAGUCUUGUGACCGUGACUGUUGGAUCUGAUGUCACUCUCGUCUGCAUCUAUACCACCACUGUGGCCUCCCGGGACAAGCUUUCCAUCCAGUGGUCUUUCAUCCAUAAGAAGGAGUUGCAGCUAACUUCCAUUUACUAUUCUGAAGGUGGACAAGGUACAGCCCUUGGGCAAUUUAAAGAUCGAAUUGUAGCAUCCAAUGCUCCAGGUAAUGCGUCUAUCACUAUCUCGCAUGUGCAGCCAACAGACAGUGGAAUUUACAUCUGCGAUGUUAACAACCCCCCUGACUUUGUCGGCACAAACCAAGGCAUCCUCAACGUCAGUGUGUUAGUCAAACCUUCUAAGCCCUUUUGCAGCAUUCAAGGAAGACCAGAAACUGGCCAUACUGUCUCUCUCUCUUGCUUCUCUGCUCUUGGAACACCAUCCCCUGUGUACUACUGGCAUAAACUUGAGGGAAAAGACAUUGUGCCAGUGAAAGAAACCUUCAACCCAGCCACUGGGAUUUUGGUUAUCAGAAAUCUGACGAUUUUAAAACAGGGUUAUUAUCAGUGCACUGCUACCAACAACCUUGGCAAUAGUUCCUGUGAGAUUGAUCUAACCUCUUCACAUCUGGAAAUUGGAAUCAUCGUUGGGGCCUUGGUAGUUGUCUUGGUAGGUGCUGCCAUCAUCAUCUCUGUUGUGUGCUUUACAAGGAACAAGGCAAAGACAAAGGAAAGGAAGAGAAAUUCUAAAACCACCACGGAAUUGGAACCAAUGACAAAGGCAAACCAAGGUGCAGAGAGUGAAGCAAUGCCAACUGAAGACAUUGUCCAGCUAGAAGCAACCCUGCCACCUUACAUUCAUGAGACGGACCCUGCCACCAUCCUGGAGCCAGACCAUGAGCCUAACCUGAAACAAGAGUCUGCCCCAGAGCCUGCCCGGGAGCCUGCCCCAGGACAGGAGCCUGUUCCAGUGCCUGAGCUUGAGAUCGAGGUGGAGCUGGAGCAGGAGCCAGAACCGGAACUGGAGCCAGAACCGGAACUGGAGCCAGAGCCAGAACUGGAGCCAGAGCCGAGCCAUGAGAUUGUAGUUGGGCCCCUAUGUCAUGAGGAAAAAGGGAGUGGCUAG